GUGUGCCCCUGGCUGCUGAUCAUACAGUCGGUGCUGCUGAUCCACUGUCUGCUGCUCGAGCUUAAAGGGUGUGUGGGUGAACGAGAUGGUGCGGUCUGGAGCUGAUAGCUGACGGAGCUGAUAGCUGACGGAGCUGAUAGCUGACGGAGCUGAUAGCUGACUUAGCUGUAGUAGGAUGAGAUGAGAGAGGAUGGAACACACGGACAGCCCCGCCUCCCACAGCAGCGACCCCAACGGGUUCGUCAAUAAAGUCUUCAACGUGUCUCUGGAUGUGCAGAAUGAGACCGGCACUGUAUCUAUCCAGGAGACUGGGAAGGGAGAGGGACAGGGAGAGGGUCAAGAAGAGGGUCAGGGUCCAGGCCAUGCCCAGGGACAGUGGCAGGGGGCUGGGGAUAGACAGGCAGAGACCCAGGAACCCCCUCAGACCCCUGGGAUGGAGCACCCGGAUGUCAACCGUAGACCAAGAGCUACAGGAGGCAUCUGGAAGAUCUUGACCCGGCGUAAAGCGGCUUCAGAACUGGAUAACAGAAGACCUCACUCCAUGAUCCUCCCUGGAGAGGAGGCCUCCAUCCCUAAACUGUCCUUCGCUGACAAGGUCCGCUCCAUCAAGAAGCUCCGCUCUCCGGGUGUCUUCAAGGGGAGGGUGGGGAAGAUGUCUGGGUCCAACACUAAGUUCAGAGACGGAGAGAUGGAGGACGACUCGUUUUGCCGGGACUUCCUCCCCUCGCCCGCCCUGCAUCCCGGUAGGAGCACACUCCGCCACUACGCCAAGAGGCACUCGUAUGCCGGACACACCGCCGAGUUCGACUGCUCAUUUGAGGACAUGGAUCUGACAGCUACCCUGGACAGACACCAUCUUCCCUCGCUAUUGGAGCCUGUUACCCAGAACGGCUCUAAGCCCACAGAGAGAGUCUCCUACACCAAGAGACCUCAGGUCCAGGCUCAGGCGCAGGCCAACCACUCCUCUAACUGUAACACUACCUCAGCAGGAGUGUGUGAGGAGCAGAGUGUGAGGGGUGGCCCCAAGGCCCCGCUGGGUGGGAGGAGGUCUAAGAGAGCUGACGUGUGGAGUUACCUGAGGAAGAUCUCUGUCCUGGGGAAGGGGAACCCGGCUUACUCAGAGAGGAGUUUUGACUCAGAGCUACACACACUGGACAAGACCAUGGACUCUGACUACGGCUCGGUGGACUUCGAGAGCAUCAGGGACUUUCAACCAGCGGCUCCAAAGCACUCUGACAGCAAAGGCGGACAUUUUGGGGGUCUGAUUAAGUUCUUCAGCAACGUUGCGGAGACGGCUAGAAAAUGGAGGAUGUCUUCUCACUCCUUCUCUCCUCCAGAGGGGGGAGCGGAGCGGACGCCACUGGACUCCCCCAGAGCAGGGCAGCGUCUGGGGGACUACGUCCACAGUGUGUCCCUGACCCUCCGCAGUGAGGAACAUCCAGAGUGUCCCCCGACACCUGGCUCACCCCUGACCCCUCACCCCCCUCGCUCCCCUGCCUGUGACCCUGCCUCACCCACUCCUCUGAUAGGCAGACGGUCUCCUCAGGUGGUGCUGAAGGCCUGGAGGGUAUGUCCGGACUCACCAAGCGUUAACGGCCUGGUGUGUGUGAGCUCAUUGGAAACGGCCAGACAGACAGACAAACAGACAGAGAGCCAGACAGUCAGACAGACAGAGAGACAGACACGGCACACCUCUGUAGCCACAGUAGAGAAUCACGUGCCACACUCAAGGCUGGAGAGAGAGACUCAGAAAGAGACAGUGGGAGACAGAGACCACUUAGAAUGUCUGUCUACAGUGGAAGAGAGAGAAAGAGAGGAAAGAGAGGGACACUCAGGAAAUUAUCUGGAUUCCGAGGAUGCUCUACCUGUCUCGGAUCAGACACACCUUCCAAACGGCCAAUCAAAGUUACGGGAAGGAGAGACCGUAGCCACUAGGGAGCCAGCAGGAAACUGCCACCAGGAAGUAUUUAAGGGAGCUCUAUCAGGCAGUGUUUUGAGGAGACCCAGGUCAGUCCAGUCCUGUUCUAGUCCAGUGAAGACCCCUGCCCCUCCCAAGCCCCCCUGCCUUCGCCCCCGUCCCGCCUCAGCACUGGUCGACCUCCGAGUCUGCAGUCCCUUCCCAGAGGGCUGUGCGUUUGCCGUUGCUCAGCAGGCCACAGGGGGCUCUCUGUGCCGGCACAGACGCAGGCCCGGUCCCGUGAUGCACCUCUUGCCGGGUCGGAGACAGGCGGGCGGUCUGGCCAGGCCAUGCUCUGUCAUAGAGCCCUCCGUUACCGUGGAGACAGACCCCGCGCAGAGUCACAGAGCCAUGUCUCGUCCCCCGGGGGCAUCACCUUUAGAGCCCCCCCUCAGAGUGUCUCUUCAGAGGUGUCACUCCCUCCCUCUCCCCCCCAGCAGCCUCACCACUCUGGCCCUGUUCCCGGGACACACAGCAGACUCCCAGUCAUCCUCAAUGUGUCCUGGUGAUGGAGAGACUGGCAGCUGCAGGAGGAGACUGCUCAGAACAGGCUCUGGUCCACUACAAGUCAACAUCUUGAUAAGUGGAGGAUCUAUCGUCAGCGCUGAGGCAGUAUGGGACCAUGUGACCAUGGCCGACCGAGAGUUGGCGUUUAAGGCCGGUGAUGUCAUCAAGGUGCUGGACGCGUCCAAUAAGGACUGGUGGUGGGGUCAGAUUGACGAGGAGGAGGGGUGGUUCCCCGCCAGCUUCGUACGGCUGUGGGUGAACCAGGAGGAUGGGGGGGUGGAGCCUGCGGAGGGGACCAGUGAAGUGGCUAACGGUCACCUGGAUCCGACCAAUGACUGCUUGUGUCUGGGCUCGCCACUUCAGAACCGUGACCAGAUGAGAGCCAACGUCAUUAAUGAGAUCAUGAGCACAGAGAGACACUACAUCAAACACCUCAAGGACAUUUGUGAGGGCUACCUGCGUCAGUGUAGGAAGAGGGUAGACAUGUUUAACGAUGACCAGCUGAGGGUGAUCUUUGGGAACAUCGAGGACAUCUACCGUUUCCAGAUGGGCUUCGUUAGAGACCUGGAGAAACAAUACAACAACGAGGAACCACACCUGUCUGAGAUAGGACCCUGCUUUCUAGAACAUCAAGAUGGCUUCUGGAUCUACUCUGAGUACUGUAACAACCACCUGGAUGCGUGUAUGGAGCUGUCCAAGCUGAUGAGAGACGGGAGGUACCAGCACUUCUUCGAGGCCUGUCGUCUGCUUCAGCAGAUGAUCGACAUCGCUAUCGACGGCUUCCUCCUCACACCCGUACAGAAGAUCUGCAAAUACCCCCUGCAGCUGGCCGAGCUGCUCAAAUACACCCCACAGGAACACAGUGACUAUCGUUAUGUGGCGGCGGCGCUGGCGGUGAUGCGUAACGUCACUCAGCAGAUCAACGAGAGGAAGAGGAGGCUGGAGAACAUUGACAAGAUUGCCCAAUGGCAGGCCUCCGUCCUGGACUGGGAGGGUGAUGACAUCCUGGACCGGAGCUCAGAGUUGAUCUAUACAGGAGAAAUGUCUUGGAUCUACCAGCCCUAUGGACGCAGUCAGCAACGGGUCUUCUUCCUCUUUGAUCACCAGCUGGUCCUCUGUAAGAAGGAUCUGAUUCGUAGGGACAUCCUGUACUAUAAGGGUCGUAUCGACAUGGACCGCUAUGACGUGCGGGACGCUAUCGACGGUCGUGACGAAGACUUCAACGUGAGCGUGAAGAACGCAUUCAAAUUGCACAACAAAGACAGCGAGGAGCUCCAUGUCUUCCUGUCCAAGAAACUGGAGGAGAAGAUACGAUGGCUCCGGGCUUUCCACGAGGAGAGGAAGAUGGUGCAGGAGGAUGAGAAAAUCGGGUUUGAGAUCUCAGAGUACCAGAAGCGUCAGGCAGCCCUGACUGUGAGGAAGGUAUCUAAACAGAAAGGUGUGAACAGGUGCGUGCCCCCCUCCUACCCCCCUCCCCAGGAUCCCCUACCCCUGGGACAGUAUGACCUAGCAAAGGACUUGGCACAUGCAGAGGUUUUUGAAUUCAGUCAAUCCAAACGAGGCCAGGCUCCUUUCUGGCACAACAAUUUUACUAGAUUAACACCUUUUAAGAAAUAGAGAAACAGACUCUUUCCAAGGACCAUCUAUUUUUUUGUGAGAAACACUCAAACUAAAAUGUUUGGAAGAUUAAAUCGUUGUCCUGCGAAAAAGAAUUGAAGACAAAAAAAAA